UGGUAAUUUCUGAUUGGUGAUUCUGUGUCAUGUUCAUUUCUGAUGGGCUUUUUCCAGCGGCAUCAUGAGACCAGGGAUGAACGCCAUCAUGGGGCCAACAGGAAGUGGAAAAACAUCUCUCCUGGAUGUGAUAGCAGGUCGUAAGGACCCAGCAGGGUUGAAGUUUGGUCAGGUUCUGAUCGAUGGGAAAAUGGUGGACUCUGACCUCCGACUCAUAUCUGCCUACGUGGUGCAGGAUGAUAUAUUGAUGGGAACCCUGUCAGUGAGAGAGAACUUGUUGUUCAGUGUGAACCUGAGACUAGACCCUCGACAUUAUUCUACAGCUGACAAACAGCAGAGAGUGGACAGCAUCAUAGAGGAUCUGGGUCUACAGGACUGUGCCCACACCAAGAUAGGAACAGAGUUCCUGCGUGGUGUGUCUGGGGGAGAGAGGAAGAGGUGCAGCAUCGGUAUGGAGCUCAUUACUUCUCCUCGUCUUCUGUUCCUGGAUGAACCCACAACUGGUCUGGACUCUAACACUGCUAACCACAUCAUCAACCUACUGCAUAGGUACAGACAGACCACAUCGUCAACCUACUGCAUAGGUACAGACAGACCACAUCGUCAACCUACUGCAUAGGUACAGACAGACCAC